AAAGAGUCGCAGCGCGGGCAAUUUUGGGGUUGACAUGACACCCAAAUAAAUAAAUAAAUAAUAUUACCCCAAAUCCAAUUAAUUAAAUUAAAGAGAGUAGAGAAAGGUUUAGGGUUUUAUUAUUGAGAUUCAAUUCAAAUUCAAUUCAAAAUUGUUCCAGAUCUCACUCCCACUCUUAUCCAUUUUCAUGGACUCUUCUCCUUCUCCUUCUCCCGAGGAUCGUCGUCAACUUCCCUCCGCCGGUGAGUCGCCAAUCAGACGGGAUAAUUUGACUGAACAGCCACUUUCGCGCAAAGAUGAAAGGAUCAUUUCGGAGAAUCCUUAUCCCGAUGCUGCAGUCAUACAACAUACACCCUCGUUGGAUUCUUCUGCUGGAGAUUUCAACAUUGUAGCACCGCUCAAUUUCUAUGCUGCAAAUGAACAGGCAAUUUCUUAUGGCAAUUAUGGAAACAGCACUGGCUCUUGGGAUGGGUAUCCUCAAUAUCUUAAUGCUGCAGAUGGCUUGCAUAUAUCUCCAGUUGUCUACAAUGAUAAUUCAUCUAUCAUGUUUCAUUCUGGUUAUGGCUUUAAUCCUGAGAUGGCAUAUGGCCAAUAUUCUCCAGUUGCUACUCCUUUGCCUCUAAUGCUAGAUGGCCAAUUAUACUCCCCGCAACAGAUCCCAUUUGCGCCAUCAUACUAUCCGCAAUCUGCACCUCCCAAUGCGCCUUCAUCAGUUCCAUCAUCUGAGCUCAUUACAUCAGAAAAUAAUACUGACAACUUGCUUUACGGGCCAGGAUCAGGUUACUUAGUACAGUUUGGGUCAUAUGGUGGAGGGAACAUCUCUGGAACACCUGGAUCUAGUCCAUUAACGUCUCCAUCAGUUUAUUCUCAUCCAAUGGGCAUACUUGGGCCAUAUGAGCACCAUAUGCAACAGAUGGCUCAACAGCCGUCCACUGGACACUACCAGCAUCAUGGAUCCUACCAUAACUCCAAUGUUGGCAGUGGAUCUAUUUCUUACUCAGGGGCCCGUGAUUGGGGCCGGGCUUCUGCUGAUAAGGGCAGAAGAAGAGAGAGAAACCAUGAUUCAGUUUACACCUCUAAUGAUGCACUUGGUUUUGAUCGUAAUCGAGGGCCGAGGGCUUCAAAGAUUAAGGGAAAGGCUUCUGAACAGAUUUCACUCCCUGGUAAUGGCAAAGAUGAUUCAUCUAGUUCCCGAAUUCAGCUUGAUCUGUACAACAGGCCAGAUUUUGUCACUGAUUAUGAGAAUUCCAAGUUCUUUAUAAUCAAGUCUUUCAGUGAAGAUAACAUUCAUAAAAGCAUUAAAUACAGUGUUUGGGCCAGCACUCCACAUGGGAAUAAGAAAUUAGAUGCUGCUUAUCGUGAUGCAAAGGAGAAAGAAGGAAACUGCCCAGUCUUUCUCUUGUUCUCGGUCAAUGCUAGUGGUCAGUUCUGUGGGGUAGCCGAAAUGGUUGGACCUGUGGAUUUUGAGAGAAAUGCUGAUUACUGGCAACAGGAUAGGUGGAGUGGUCAGUUCCCUGUCCAUUGGCAUAUCAUCAAAGAUGUUCCCAAUAGUCGGUUCCGUCACAUACUACUUGAGAAUAAUGACAACAAGCCUGUUACUCAUAGUCGAGAUUCGCAGGAGGUGAAACGAGAACAGGGUAUUGAAAUGCUGAAAAUUUUCAAGGAUCAUGUUGCACAUACAUCUAUUCUAGAGGAUUUUGAUUUUUACAAUCAGCGGGAAAGAUCUUUAAAAGAACGAAGGGCCAAAGAACAAUCAAGUCGAGGUGUGGAUGCUUCACCUUCACUUGCUGAUGAGACGAUAAGUCAAAUAUCUGGGAGCUUUGCUCAAGGUCUCCACUUGAAUGAUGAGAGUAAAGAAUCAGCAGGACUUGAUGCUAGUAGUAGCGCAAGGACUAACUCUGUGGCUCCAUCUGUUGGCAAUUCGAAUCCUAUGACCCAGCAGCAUGUCAAUGAGCACAAUUCUGUCAUUUGAAGAUUCCAUUGGAUAGUUUCUCAAAUGCUUUAGAAUAGAGUCACAAAUCUCUGGCAACGGAUCUUGGCUGGUAAGGACUGGAUUAAGGAUGUUUUGAAAAAGAUGACUAUAGGUUAUGCUUGACACAUAGGUUUUGUAGGUGUAGGCAUCUUUGAGAUGCUCGUUGUGAACGGACAAGUCGAACUCUUUUUGUCUCGCUGAAAUGGAAGGCGGUAUUUAUGGAUGUUGAGUUGACAGACGGAACUCAUACUAACAGGUUUUGUUUUGUUUUUGUUUAUUUUGUUGUUAAGUGUUGUGGAGGAGUUGGGAGGUAGAUGAGACAUGUAAAAGGCAAAUUUAGUAUAUGACUAACAGGGUUUUCUCUUGUUGAGGUCGGAGAAAAUGGAAGGAUUCGGUGGUUAUUGCGGGGCUGUUGAUUGUACACUAUGUGCCUGGUUGCCUUAGUUGAUGUAAUUUUAGAGGUUUAUUUACUGGUUUUGUGGGGUCAUUUAUUUACUCCAACAAUUUGUAUCAUUGCCCAUUUUUUGGGAAUCCAAAUAAUAGCAAAAAAAAGGAAAAUACAAACAUUGUCAA